AUGCAAACUGAACGUGGUCCAAUCGCCGCACAUCGGCCCCACGAGGUGGUUUUUGGCAAAGUUGAGGGCGAGGACCGCGGCGCCAACCCAAUGGACCCGCCCCGCCGCAAGGUCGACCCACUCUUUUGGCUUCGCGAUGAUAACCGUGCCGAUCCCGAAGUCCUCGCCCACCUCCACUUGGAGAAGGAUUAUUACGAGAAGCGCGCGGUCGAUAUUAAAGACCUGGCGGAAACCAUUUACCAAGAGCACAUUUCACACAUUGAGGAAACGGACAUGUCGGCCCCCUACGUCUACGACCGCUUCUUGUACUACACGCGUGAUGUAAAGGGGUUGUCGUACAAGCUUCAUUGUCGCGUACCGGCCGGGAAGACGCCGGGUGAGGGUGAGGAUGAGGAGAUUGUACUGGACGAAAAUAAGCUCGCCGAGGGCAAAUCUUUUUGUGUCGUGGGUUGCGUGGCGCCCGCCCCACCAGAACAUGCGCUUGUAGCAUACUCCGUUGAUUACUGCGGGGAUGAGGUGUACAGCAUCCGUUUCGUACGGGACGUGGUGGCGGACAAGGUUGAAGGCACAAACGGAAGUGUUGUGUGGGGGCCCAAUGCCGAAUGCUUCUUUUACAUUACGAAAGAUGCUUCCAAGCGUGACAACAAGGUAUGGCGUCACAUUAUUGGCCAACCGCAAAGUGAAGAUGUAUGCCUCUACACCGACGACGAUCCACUCUUCUCGGUGGGUGUGGGGAAGUCGGGUGACGGCAAGACGCUGAUCAUUUGCUCUAUGUCAUCAGAAACUUCGGAGUCACUUCUGUUGGAUCUGCGCAAGGGUGUUAAGCACAACACACUCGAGAUGGUACGACCCCGUGAGAAGGGGGUUCGCUACACUGUGGAGAUGCACGGCACGGACACACUGAUAGUGCUGACAAAUAAAGACAAGUGCGUAAAUGGUAAGGUUGUAUUGACCAAGCGGAGUGCACCCACAGAUUGGGGGACCGUACUAAUACCCCAUGACGACAAGGUAACUAUUGAUGAUGUCGCCGUAUUCGCCAAAUUUGCAGUUCUAUCCGGCCGCCGCGAUGGUUUGACGCGCGUAUGGACGGUCAGGCUCGGGCCUGACAGCCUUUUCAGCUCUGCAACGCUGAAGGAGCUGCACUUCGAUGAGCCUGUUUUCACUGCCCAUGUGGUUUGUUCUCAAAUGAAGACAUACGAUGCGUCACUGCUGCGCCUGAGGUAUUCAUCCAUGACAACCCCCACUGUAUGGUACGACGAGGACGUACUGAGCGGAGAACGCAAGGUUGUGAAGGCGCGUAAGGUGGGGGGCGGCUUUCAAUCGAAGAAUUACGUUUGUCGGAGGGAGUUGGCUACAGCUCCUGACGGAACAAAAGUUCCCAUCUCGCUCGUAUACGAUACCAGUAUCGAUUUGAAGAAGCCCAACCCCACCAUGCUCUAUGGAUACGGUUCCUACGGCAUUUGCAUUGAGCCUGAGUUUAACUCACGGUUCCUGCCGUAUGUUGAUCGGGGUAUGAUAUAUGCUAUUGCGCACGUGCGAGGCGGCGGUGAGAUGGGUCGUACGUGGUAUGAAGUUGGGGGAAAGUACUUGACCAAACGGAAUACCUUCAUGGACUUUAUUGCAUGCGCGGAGCACCUUAUUUCCUCUGGUCUCACAACACCCGCGCAGCUUUCUUGCGAGGGAAGAAGUGCUGGUGGAUUGCUGGUGGGUGCCGUGUUGAAUAUGCGGCCAGAUUUAUUCCACGUCGCCCUCGCGGGUGUCCCUUUUGUGGACGUAAUGACAACCAUGUGUGAUCCAAGCAUUCCUCUUACGACAGGCGAGUGGGAGGAGUGGGGGAAUCCGAAUGAGUACAAGUUUUUUGACUACAUGAACAGCUACAGUCCAAUUGACAACGUGCGUGCACAGGAUUACCCUCAUUUGAUGAUUCAGGCCGGAUUGCACGACCCACGCGUCGCGUAUUGGGAACCGGCGAAAUGGGCGUCAAAGCUCCGUGAACUCAAGACAGACAGCAAUGAGGUGUUGCUGAAAAUGGAUCUGGAGAGUGGACACUUUUCUGCAAGUGACCGCUACAAGUACUUGCGAGAAAACGCAAUACAACAGGCUUUUGUGCUGAAGCAUCUCAAUGUACGGCAGCUGCUGCGGAAGUAG